AUGUUGAACUUGGGUCCAGGUGUCACUGUUCCUCCAGCAGGUUCAGCAUCAGCAACUGCUGUCAGACGUCUCCAGAAGGACUAUGCUAAAUUGAUGCAAGAUCCAGUUGAUGGUAUUAGAGCUCUCCCGAAUGAAGACAACAUUCUGGAGUGGCAUUAUUGUCUUCGCGGAUCACCAGACACACCGUUUCACGGAGGUUUCUAUUGGGGAAAAGUGAUUUUCAAGGAGAACUUCCCAUGGAGUCCACCAGCUCUCACUAUGAUUACUCCAAAUGGACGCUUUGCAACCAACACUCGUUUGUGCCUCUCCAUCUCAGAUUAUCAUCCAGAAUCAUGGAAUCCGGGAUGGACUGUCUCUGCGAUUCUCAUAGGUCUUCACUCGUUUAUGAAUGAAAAUCAGCCGGCUGCUGGAUCGAUUGCUGGAACGCCGCAAGAGCAAAAGAAUCUUGCCGCGGCAAGUAAAGAGUUCAAUGUGAAGUAUCGCGAAUUCCGUCGUUUCUUCCCGCAACUUGUACAAGAAUGGACUGGAGUUCUUCCGACACCAGACGAGCCGGACGUUGCACCGACAAUGCUUCCAGAACACGCGACUCCAAAUGGUAUUCCAGUCCCGACUAUUCAGCAGCACUCAUCACGCGCCGCUUACAACAAUCGUCAACAAAUCGACGAAAUGAUGCAAGCGGUUCUUCGUCCGGGAAAUCAACCACGAAUGCAGCAAUUGAUUCCGGGAGUUCAAUAUAACAUGUUCGGGCUUCCCAGAGCCGGUGUUGUUCCAGCUGGACCACCACAACCGCCAGUAGCCAAUCCGGUUUUGUAUCGAGAUCUUGCUGCAAUCGCAGCCAUGCAACAACAGCAGAUGCAACAGGCACAACAGCAGCCUGGAAUUGUUCAACAGGUAAUGCCACAAGAAAGAAAUCGUGCCGGACGCAGGGGUGAUGAGGGAAUGCCUAUUGAUGCGCUAGCUGCUGCUGAACCUGUUGCUCAGCCAGAACCACCAAAAGAACGCAUCCUUCGUCCACGUGCACCACCUAAACGAGAUGGAAGGCGGGCUGAAGUGCGGGCUCGUUUGGGAAUAAAAGAAGACCCACAGCCAGAAGAGGAGCCGCUGGGAAGAGGAGUCCGACGAUCGACGAGACGUAAUGAACCACCACGACAGAAUGCCGCCAACGAAGAAGUCGUCAUUCCUCCGAAACGAACUCGUGGACCGCGUGGCCUCUAA